AGCUAAAAGUGCAUGUGUUAAAACAGUCAGUCAUUUUGUUGCUGUUGAUCUGAUGAGCUUCAACACGAUAUAUUUGAUGCUGAUGUCGGUCAGAAUGGCUCCUCGUCUUCCUCUGAUCUUUCUGCUCAUGAUUCACGGAGUUUUUAGUGCUGGUUGGGGUGUGAAUUACAGUCAUUCACACAUCUGUGCACUAAAGAACUCAUCAGUGAUAAUGAGCUGCAAUUAUACAUACCCUACUGGAUAUAAGAUAGAGAAAGUGUUCUGGACCAAAAACCUUGGAAAGGGUGUAGAGUCUCCAGAUCUGUCUGAGGAUCCUGAAUACAGUCAGAGGCUUCAGUAUCUGGGAGAUAAACAGCAGAACUGCACCGUCAGACUGAAUCAUGUGACACAGAAAGAUGAACAUGAGUACUGUUUCAGAUUCAUCACUAAUGUAACAGAUGGAAAAUGGACUGGAGUUCCAGGAAUGAAUCUUACUGUCACAGAUCUUCAGGUGGAGUCUCCUGAGAGAGUGACAGAGGGAGAUUCAGUCCGUCUGACAUGUAACAGCAGCUGCACUCUGACUGACAGAGCAACAUUCAUCUGGUACAGAAACUCACAGCCAUUAACUGAGAGAAGAGACAGAAACAAUGAACUCCUGCUGCAGUCAGUCAGAAGAGAGGAUGCAGGCAGAUAUAGCUGUGCUCUACAUGGACACACUUACAUCUCUCCUGCUGUUCAUCUCAAUGUCACGUAGUGAUCUCUAUUGUGACGUGUCAAGGAGAGUUUCAGUUCAUGAUGAGCCUCUUUCUGAAGCUGAUACAGUCAAUGACGCUCCGUAUGCCAGUGUGAAACCCAACAGAUUCAGAGGAAAAACUCCUGAAUCCAGAGAUACUGAG